CGUCCAGUGUCGUUUCAAUUGCCACAACUCGAACGGUUUUCGGAGCGUUUUUGUAACUAUUUUUCGUGAACUUGUGAACUGUGAGCAUUGGCAUUGAUCUCUUAAUCGGUUUCGUCGGGAACGCAUUUUUCUCGACUUUUUUCGUGUGUUCGCGUGAACGCCAAGGCAAAAUGUCCGAAAAACCGGAGGAUAAAAACACAGAUAUACCGGAUAGUCUCUACGACUCGAAGCUACACCGGACGUACAAGCGUUUGCGGUUCUUUGGAAGGGGCAACUUUGCCAAGUGCUACGAAAUCAUCGAUGUGGAGACCGACGAUGUUUUUGCCGGCAAAAUCGUAUCAAAGAAGCUGAUUAUCAACAACCACCAGAAGGAGAAGAUGGUUCAGGAGAUCGCCAUUCCCCGUAGUCUCAAUCAUCCGAACAUAGUGAAGUUCCACAGCUAUUUCGAGGAUAUCCAGAACAUAUACAUUGUCCUGGAGCUGUGCAAGAAGCGGUCGCUGAUGGAGCUGCACAAGCGCCGCAGAAGCAUCACGGAGUACGAGUGCCGCUACUACAUUUACCAGAUCGUCCAAGGCGUCAAGUAUCUGCACGACAAGUGCAUCAUCCAUCGCGACUUGAAGCUGGGAAACCUGUUCCUGAACGAUAUGCUGCACGUGAAGAUUGACGACUUUGGCCUGGCCACACGCAUCGAAUACGAGGGCGAACGCAAGAAGACUCUGUGCGGCACCCCCAACUACGUUGCCCCAGAGAUUCUCAACAAGAAGGGGCACUCGUUCGAGGUGGACAUAUGGUCCAUUGGCUGCGUCAUGUACACUCUGUUGGUGGGCCAACCCCCGUUCGAGACCAAAUCGCUGAAGGACACUUACUCAAGGAUCAAGAAGUGCGAGUACCGUGUGCCCACCUACUUGCGAAAGCCCGCUGCGGAUAUGGUGAUCUCCAUGCUCCAGCCGGACCCCAGCUGCCGGCCAGCCAUUGGCCAGUUGCUGAACUACGACUUCCUGAAGGGCUCGAGGGUGCCAACGUCCUUGCCAAGCUCUUGCCUGGCCAUGGCUCCGCGCAUUGCCCUCAACGACACCAUCGGGGACCCCACUCAUCGCCAGCCGCUGAUGCAGAUGAACGGCGUUAGGGUGGAGGCCAACCUGCACGACACCAUCACUGCUUCAUUCCAGCUGUGCCGCCACAACGAGGACUACCGCAGCGACAUUGAGAGCUUGCACCAGCAGCUCACCCAUCUGAUCAACAAGAAGCCGGGCCUGCUGCCAGGCAAUCUCGGGGACGAGAAUACCGAUCCUGCGGCACAGCCGCUCUUCUGGAUAUCCAAGUGGGUCGACUACAGCGACAAGUACGGCUUCGGCUAUCAGCUCUACGACGAGGGCAUUGGCAUUAUGUUCAACGACACAACCAAACUGAUUCUGCUUCCCAAUCACAUCAACGUCCACUAUAUAGACAAGGACGGAAAGGAGAGCUACAUGACAACGAGCGAUUACUGCAAGACGCUGGAAAAGAAGAUGAAGCUGCUGUCCUACUUCCAGCGCUACAUGGUCGAGCAUCUCGUGAUGGCUGGAGCCGACAAUGUGAACAUCGAGAGUGACCAGGUAUCGCGUCUGCCCCAUGUGCACUCCUGGUUCCGCACAACCUGUGCCGUGGCCAUGCAUCUGACCAACGGCACCGUACAGCUCAAUUUCUCGGAUCACAUGAAGCUCAUUCUUUGCCCGCGUCUGAGUGCCAUUACGUACAUCGAUCGCGAGAAGAACUUCCGCACAUAUCGCUUCUCGACCAUCGCGGAGAACGGUGUGUCCAAAGAUAUAUACCUAAAGAUACGCUAUGCCCAAGAAAAACUUCGCAAAAUGCUGGAGAAGAUGUUUGAUUAAUUCCAGCUCUCCCAUCCACCCAUUCCAACAAUCCUAGUUUCUGUUUCUGUUAAAAUUUAUAUUUACUGUUGAAUGUUUUUUAUUUUUAGUUCCCUGUUUUUCGAAUG